AUGCCAGAAAUCUUUGGGGCUCUAAUACUUGGCGCCACAACCGUCAUGCUUCGUCCAAAUGGAAAUAUGGAUCUAAUGUAUAUCAUGAAAAUUCUGACCGAUAAACAAAUUAGUUACAUGUUUGCCGUACCAGCAUGGCUUAACGCCCUCUGCGAUUUCUUGGAUAAACCACAGGUUGCUCGACUACAAUCAAUUCGAUCGAUUAGCAUCGGAGGAGAAACUGUUUCUUCAAAGUUAAUUGAACGAAUAAAAAGUAUUGUCACUACCGAUUGUCUUAUUUGGAAUGAUUAUGGUCCAGCGGAGAUGACAAUUUCUUCGACUUGCUAUCGAGUAGAUUCAAUAAAUUAUCUGGAUACGGUUCUCAUCGGUCGACCGCUCCCAAACUAUCGAUGUAUUAUUCAUGACGAGUUCGGACAACCCGUUGCUGUCGGUCAGCAAGGUGAACUUCUCAUCGGAGGUGUCGGCGUAUUUGCUGGUUAUUUCGGUCGCGACGACUUGACAUCAAAAGUAUUAGUGGAAAUUGAAGAUAAAAUAUACUAUAAGACAGGUGAUCUAGUGAGAAUGGACAGAAAUGGUUUGAUCUAUUACAUCGGUCGCAAAGAUCAUCAAGUGAAGCUUCAUGGACAACAAAUCGAAGUGGGUGAAAUAGAGCAAUGUUUACUUAGGACUCACAUUGCUGCUUGUGUAGUCGCUAAAUACAGAGAAGACCAUUUAGUAGCUUAUGUACAAGGCUCUGGUGUAAAUGAAAAUGAUUUGCGCUCACAUUGCCGUUCUUCUCUACCACCAUUUAUGGUUCCAUCGAUGUUCGUCAUGCUUGAUCAUUUACCACUGAAUGCGAAUGGAAAAGUUGAUCGAAAGCGUCUUCCUGCUCCCGACUUUUCUCCAGUGAGUAAUGCGGAUCCUGUCAAUUUUUCGGUUGUAACACCACUUGAAGAACGACUCCGUGGCAUCUUUGCUGAAGCUUUUCACAAUGAAAUACCCGAUGUGAACGUGCCUUUCGGACAAAUGGGUGGUACAUCAUUAGAUGCUAUUCGAGCACUGUCAAUGAUUCGAGAAAAAAUCUGUACAAAAGUUGAUGCCACCCUUCUUUUCGCGAAUCCAUCUGUGCGACAACUUGCUCUGGCUCUUGAACCAUUGGUAGUCGUGCAAGAGAAACUGCUUGCCACAUCCAUAACGGCAAAGGGACAAGAAGAUACUAAUCACCCAACACCAUCCUUGUUGAUUGAAGCAGUAGGUAUCAUGUUGCUUGCCGUUCAAUGGUUAUUUCCUAUGUGGCUAGCCUAUCGAUCUCACGUCUACUUUUCUGUCAAAGAGAAAUCAAGUACAAAUGUGACAAUCUAUUUUCGUGGUGUUACUAUCGAUGGUGGUUUCUACAUAGUUUAUGGUCAAUAA